CGAUGGGAUGGUCCUAAAACCCUAGCGUCCGCCAUGGGAAGUAGCAGGAGCGCAGCCGGAAGAGGAGGAGAAGGAGGAGGAGGAGGUCGCAAAUCCUCGAGACUCCCUCCCAAAAACCCUCCCUUCAAGCAGCAGAAGCAGCCGAAGAAGAAGAAGAAGACCGACCGGAACGUCGACGCCGGCCGCGAAGAACCGACGCCGAGCAGCGAGGACACGGCGGGGCGGCCGCCGGCGUCGGCUUCGGAGCAGCUCGGCUUCUUCCUCGCUCGGUACCAGUCGGCCAACGGCAUCCACCUCUCUUCUCUGGAGCUGGAUUCCAUCAGAGACACGAGCAUUCUGGAGUUAUCUCAGGGCCCCGAACCAGAUGUUAAUGCUUUGGGGAAACAGAUAAAGGCGGCUUUUGGCCCAUCAUGGAAGGGAGUGCUCUAUGAGGGAACUCUUGAUCAAGGGAAAAUCGAUCCGGGAAGUCCAGCUGUCAUUGCCAUCACGGCAUCCGCCAUCAGAACGAUAGAGAUUCUAAGGGGCUUUAGGUCACUAACUAGGGAAUGCCAUGCAGCCAAAUUGUUCUCAAAGCAUAUAAAAAUAGAGGAACAGGUCGCCAUGUUAAAGAACCGUGUCAAUAUUGCAUGUGGUACUCCAAACAGAAUAAAGAAACUAAUUGACAUUGAAGCAUUGGGGCUUUCUCGCUUAUCAGUAAUAUUGCUUGACAUGCACACUGAUGUGAAGGGCUAUUCCCUUUUAACACUUCCACAAAUCAGAGAUGAAUUCUGGGAUUUGUAUAAGAACUACUUUCAUAAACGGAUAGUUGAAGGAAAUCUGCGAAUCUGCCUCUUUGGUCCGAUAAAUAUCCAGAAUGAAAUAAAGGGUAAAAGUAGAGUCCAUGAUGAAUAGGCAGCUACUUGUAAAGCAGCAAAGUGUAAACAUUGUAUGCCAUCUCUUUGCUAUCUAAAAUUUUUCAAAGUUCAGUUUGUGAAUGCUCUCUUCUGGUA